AUGUCGGGCGAUUCGACGUUCAUCCUCAACUCGUCGGCGUCGCCCGCGCGCUCGUUCGCGUUGUCCCUCGACCCGUGCGCCUACGAUACCCUCCUGGAUACCUUCGGCCUGGGCCUUACUACGAGCACGCCGGAGGCGAGGGCGAGCCCGAACGGUGAAGAGGAGGAGCGCGAGUCCGACCCGCCCGCCGCCGUGGACGACGCGCGUGAGGACGACGGGCUCGCCCCGAUCGAGCGCGAUCGCCUGGAGCGGAUGCGCAGGAACGGCGAUGAGAUGCGUCGGAUGGGCAUCGUCGACUCCGUCUACCGACUCGCAGGCGGCGCCGUCGGGAAGCCAAAGGCACCCGAGCAAAAGACCGAGCCCGGGGACGACGUCAUCAUCAUCGACGACGAGGACGAGGAGGAGGACGAUGACGUGAACGUGGAGGAGGCGACCCGCGAUGAGACCGGCCUCGGCUACGGCUGCAAGAGGUGCCGCUUCUCCAAGAGGGGCUGCUACGACUCCGCGGACGGCAAAGGGAAGGGGUGCCGCGGGGACGCCACGUUGGGACCGCUGAGUCUUCAGCGCGAGUCGGGCGCGCCGAAGAAGAGGAAGGGAAUCGCGCGUGAGCAUAACGCCAACCCCAUCAUGUCUCCUCGUUCCAAGCGGCGGCGUUCGGCACCGGCCAAGUACGAAUCAGGCGCGGCGACCGAGGCUGAACGAAGAAGCCCCACCGUGAUUCCAGCCCGUAAGCAUGCGCCCCGUCCCGAUGACGAGAAGAAGAAAGACAAGAAGAACAAGAAGAAGCUAAGCAGCGUCCCUGGUUAUCCUGGCAUCAGCGUGAGCAACUACACUGGACGGUUCUGUGCGACAAUUGGAAGUGGAAGCAAACCGAACCGUUUGUACCUCGGAACAGUGGACACUCUGAAAGAAGCGAAGGAACUCUACAACGAGGAGGCCCGGAAGCGCGGGAAACCCGUGUAUCGGCUGCUUGAAGCUCCCAAAAUCAACAAGAUUAGUACUGCCGUUCCCGGACUUCCAAACAUCAACUUGUUCACUGCGGAUGGAAAGUUCGUGAUGCAAUUUACACACUCCGCCGGCUCCGUACAUUUACGCGCAGACACCCUGGACGAGGCCGUCAAAGCGUACAACGAGGAGCGCGUUGAACACAGGUUGUCGACGCACAAGAUCACCGCCGAGCACCGCGCCGUCGUCGAGGAGAUGCAGCGCAGGCGAAAGCUCUUCGUCGCGGAGAGAUCGAAGCACAGAGAGUCGACCCCCCCCAUGCCGGCGCCGGCCGCCGCGCCCGUCACCCGCGCCUGCUCAAAGGUCCCCGCGCCUCCCCCCAAGCCGGGAAAGACGCGACCGGCCCGUGCGACCGCCCCUCCGACGCCAAAGCCCGGUCGUGACGCGCGGGAGAGCGCUCCGACGCCUAAUCCCGAACCCGUCGAAAGGGGCGCAGCAGCAGCGGGAGCAGCAGCAGAAGCGGCAGGAGCAGCGGCAGCCCCCGCGCCCGUCACGCCGGCUCCCCCGGCGGACUCGGCAGACGUGAGGCGCCUCAGGGAGCAGAUCAUCGAGCUCCAGGACAUGAACAGGAGCCUCCUGGGCAUCGCGCAGAGGGCCAUGAGCAUGGCGGCUAAGAACGCGGAGAUGAUGUCCUGA